AUGGCGGGCACCGCAGCCGUGUACCGGAGGGUCAUGAAGGCAGUGCAGAAGCACGUCGGCGGGAGCGCCGAUAAGAAGCACUUCCGCGAGUUCGUGGCCGCCGAGUUCCGCAGCCCGGCCGGCACGGAGGCCGACGCCAGAGCGAGACUGCGGCUCGCCGGGGACUACGCGUACCAUCUCACCAGCAUCCAACACCAGAAGAACAACCAAGAGGAGCUGGAGAGCUUCCAGGAGCGCUCGCCAUCAAACGAGGCAGCCAUCACCGAGAAGAACGAAGAUCAGCAAGAGCGAGCAAGGCAGCCGGCUGAGUCGGGCCACAACUGA